UGUGGCCGGAUACUAAGACAACCUAAGAUGACACUCCUGUAAAAUGCGCAGGGCGUCACAUAAUCAGUCGUCAACAUGGCGUUGAACAGUGCACACGCAGGGAAAGGUGUCCUUAUUUACGCUGGAGAAUGCAUCAUCCUCUUCUGUGACCAUGUGUCGAUGGAGUUUGGGGGCAACCUCCCACCUGAGAUGAAGGGCUCCAAGACUGGCCGGCUGUACCUCACCACACACCGCAUCAUCUUCAACAACAAGGAUGCCAAGGAUAAGCUUCAGUCGUUCGCGUCGCCCUUCUUUUCGCUCAAGGGAGUUGAGUUGGAGCAGCCAGUGUUCGGAGCCAACUACAUCAAAGGGACGGUGCAGGCACAGCCCCAUGGAGGCUGGUCAGGGGAGGCCAAGUUCAAGCUCACCUUCAAGCAUGGUGGAGCCAUCGAAUUUGGUCAGGCCAUGCUCAAGGUCGCCUCUCUCGCCACCCGCAACAUGGACUCCAGCUUCCGAGAUGCCCCACCUCCUUACACCCCCCCAUCAGCCCCAUGGGCACAGGCUCCUCCCCCAGCUUAUGCCCCACCCACAGGAGGUUAUGCAGGAUGGGUGCCUCCUACUGCCACCUUCCCUGAUCGACCACCAGCGGAUGGUGUCUUCAUGUAUGAGGCUCCCCCUCCCUACCCUGGGCUGAGCGGCCACAAUGGUUACAAUGGGGCUGUCGGAUUCACUACUUCAGCUGCAGAUGCCAAGGCCCAGGAGGCAGCGCAGAGUGCUUACUACGACCCUAACAAUCCACAGUAUGCUUAUGUGCCCCCACCUGCAUAUUCCGAGUCACCCCCCUCAUACGACGCAGCGACCAAGAAGUCUCAAUGAAGCAACACACCACUACUACUCUCCUCGCCAACCCCAAUGCCUCCAGCUCCCCUCCACUUCACAUCGGCAUCGUGGCACAGUCAUGAAAUCGCGACCUAAACCACUUUUCUCUCGUUGACAUGGCAAGCUUGGGAUUCAAAGGUUUUGCUGUUAAAUUUGGGUUCAUUAUUUUUAUUUUUUUAUUUUUUUAUUUUUUCCAUAAUUAUUUUUUUUAAUUAUUAUUAAUUAAUUAGAGUUUCAUUCUUUAGAGUUGAACUUGGGUGUGAUCAUUGUAAAAAAAAAAAAAAUCUUUGUUGUUGUCACUACCUUUUUUUUGUUUUUUAGUUUUGUCUUUUAUGUAGAUGGAGUACCUGGAGUACCUGGAGUACCUGUGGAGUGGGAAAGUUGGAGGGGGGGUUGAGUAGCUCCUCCCUGUGUAUAUUAUCCACCUGUAGAGUUGCAUCUUUGGCAUGCAUGUGUAUUUAAAGCAAAGAUGACGUUUGUUCAGCUGGUUAUUCCACGGUAAUCAGAAGUGAAGAAGGUACUACAAAAGUCCCAUGUGGUUGAAGUAGGUUGUAAUUGGUGGGAAAUAUUGACAUUAUGGUUGUGUUGUUUAUUGGGGAUGAAAUAACUAUACAAGGUUGUUGAGUGUGGGAGUUGAGAAUUUGCAAGAGCAGAGGAAUGUAGAGGUACAAGUCCGAUGUGGAGGAGUAUUUAAAUAUUAUCAUUGUAUAGAGAAGUUAUAUAGAAAUUAUAAGAAAUAUAUAGAUUUAUCACUCGUGUUACAUCAGGAAUUAUUUAGUUUAUACAAAUGCAAAGCCAGAUGGUUGUUAUCUUGAUGUUUCAAGACUUAGAAGAAAAAAUAAAAAGAUUUAAGGAUGCAAAAACUUUCAUAUUUAUAUAUUUUUGGUGACAAACAUAUUUCACUGCUUUACCAAGGAGUCCUGAUGCUCAGCUAGCCCGAAAUUGAAUUAGCUUUAUUGAAAAAUUAUGGAAACUUCUUUCAGGGGGAGAUUACCUUAAAGAUGUACUAAGAGGUCCACAAGUAAUUAUGUAGUAUGAAAAGUCAUAAAGAAUAAAGAGCAUUAAAUACAAUGCUUAGGUUAGGAAAACUUGCAUUCCCUGUGUGUUAUUAAUUUUCCCAUAAUCCAAUCAUAGUCAUGGAACUUGUAUGUGGAUGAAUGUCGGGGAUGGCAUGCAAAUUGUUUAGGAACUGCACAUGUGUCUAGAGUGCUAUGGAUGUCAGCAUUCACACAUACAAGCAUUGGUCCUUCCUUUAAGAUUAGGUUUGGUGGUUGAGAUCAUAGGAAGUUGGCUCUCACUUUCAUAUCAUAGUCCGUUUCUUUUGUCAUUAAUCUAUGUAGGUUACUUAACAUGGUACCUGUGCAUGGUUCUUUGUGGUUGUUGACACGCAUUUAGACGGAGGAAAGUCAGGUCGCUCUGUUGCUCGUGAGUUCUAGGAUGCAUCACGCUACGCAAGAAACAAGAGCAUGGUUGUAUGUUAUAGCAGGUGCUGCAAUUAUUACAAGUUGAAUUUUGAACUUUCUUGAUCUUCCUUUCCUUGCAAUUUCCUCACCUGAUUCUACAGAGGUGUUACUUAAUGGACCGAUCCUUUAUUAACCAAGUCAUUGUUCUUUCCCAAGAGUCUGUGUUUAUAUGCUGUGGGUUAAGAAAAUAUCACAUGGCAGUUACAGGUAUUUUUCUCUAUUUUUCCUUGCCCUUUGUUCAUAGUAUCCACUGUUUUGUAAUGUCUCCAUAUCUUUGUCUGUAGUUAUCUGAUAAAAAGGUUGCUCGUGAAAAAGGCCAAGAUUGGAUUCAUUUUUUCUUCUUUCCCCUAAAGUGUAAGGGAUUCCAUGUGAUAUAUGUAGAGCUGUAAUAACCAUUUUUAGUUUACCUUCUUAUUAGAGGAAACACCCACAUUGCAUCACUCAAAAUUCUGUUGAGCCAUUGUAUUGAAUUUUUUCCAUUUUUGGUGAAUUUGUAUUUAGUUUUAAUUUUACAGAUUUAUAUAUUUGUGUAUAAUCAAUCAUUGGUAAGGUAUUUUUCCCAAUGUUUUAAGUCGACUUUGAACUAGGGAAAAAUUGGAUCCAAGAAGUUGUUUUUUACUCCAUAUUUACAAAAUCAGUGAAGGCAAGUGGCAAUUUAUUAACUUUAUCCUUAUUAUAUAAUUCUUUCCUUUCAAUUCUCUUUGAUACUCUUUUCUUCCUUUGAUAUAGUCUCAGAUGUAACUUUUGUUGUGAAUGGAAUACCAAAAUUAUGAUUAUUCUUGUGUACUGGGUAGGUAGUGGAAUUUUAUUUUGAUUGAAAAUCAUGUAUAUUUUCUGAUUCAUACAUAUAUAUAUGUAUAUCCAAUAAAUGUAUAAUAACCA